AUGCUUUAAAGACAUACUGAAACUAUUGAGUAUAUGAGAGAAUGCUUCAGAUAGAAAAUCUGGAGGGACCAGAGAGAGGCUAUCUUCAAAAACAAGAGAAGACCAUAGGAGUGGAACAAAUAAGGUAUUGCGAGGAAUGAUUCUUUAAAUAAUUAAUUCAAUUAUCUAUAUUUAGGAGAAACACAAAAUACUAAUGAAAUAUAAGUAAACACAUCAAAAAAGAAGGAAUAAGAGAUUACUAUUUAAUAGCAGAUUCAUUAAAUAUUAAAUGUUGAAUUUAUUAAUAAUUUCAAAUUAAUUAAUUUAGAAAAAAAUCUAUUAAUUUCUUUGAAGUAAUUUCCAGCUUAAUGCAAUGAUGAAUAGUUGACACUUUGGUUUUAAUUAAUUGAAUCGUUAAUAAUGCAAUCUGACUUUUAAAGCAUCAUUGUAAAUAUUUCAAUAUUAGAAUAAAUUAUUAUUUAAGCAAUCUAAUAUAAAAAGUUUGACUCACCUUUUAGAACUUUAAACUGUCUUUUGAAAUUAGUUUAAUUGAAUGAUAUUAGUAUAUUGAAGUAUUUUGAAUGCGAGGAGAUGUAUAAUUACUUAAUUUAUGCAUUAUAAAAUUAAUAAUUGAAUGCUAUUGUAAUUUGUGAGAAGAUUUUGGAAAUCUCUCAAUAUGGAACACUUUUUUUAUUAAAAUAAGGUUUACUGGAUUAUAUAUACAAUUUUUUAUUGGAGAACUUUGAGUAUAAGAAUUUUUUUAUAACAUUCGUAUCGAAGAUUAAUUGUUUAAAUGUGGAUGAAGCAGUAACAAUGUUGAUAAGAUCAAAAAUAUUUAAUGAGAUCAUAAAUCUUCAUGGAACUGAGAUUGAUGCUUAAGGGUAUAGAUGCAUAGGGGUUCUGAUAUCGAACUUAAUCUAAAAAGUUAGUAACAAGGACCAGCUGAAGUACCUGAUUUAUAAUUCAAAUUUGAUGUGCAUGUUAUAGUAGAUUUUGAGUUUGUAUCACCACGAAGACUUGAUAUUAAUGGGGAUCCAAAUACUGCAGAUGAUUUUCAAUCAACAAAGCUAUGAGUCUGUGUAGCAAAUCAAGAAGGUAGACAAUAAGUGUUAUUUAAAGGAUAUACCUUCUGUGUUGAUCCAGUUGUAUUUUUUGAAGAAGUGCUGUGUGGAGGAUAGUAUGUCUGAUAAGAUAAAUUAAUUAAUUGAAUAUUGA